AUGUCUGCCAACCUCGACGAAAAGUCCACGCCUGCCCAGGUCCGUCAUACGGACUCAUCGCCCUCGACCGACAAUACCGCCGACUCUGGAUUCCUGCCCACCACCGCCGGCGUCACCAAUGUCGAUGCCGCGUGGAAGUUCCUCAACGAACAUCGCGACGUCCAAGGCGUUGAUGCCGUGGACCUGACUGCUCUGCGUCACAAGAUCGACUGGCACCUCGUUCCUCUUAUGUUUCUGUGCUAUACUAUGCAGUUUCUCGACAAGGUUAUCCUAAAUUACGCCGCCGUCAUGGGAAUCAGCAAGGAUUUGAAACUUCGGGGCAACGACUUCUCCAAUGUCGCCACAUUUCUAUUCGUUGGUUUGCUUUGCUUCGAAAUCCCCAACAUCUACUUCCUUCAAAUCUUCCCUGCUGCCAAGUGGCUCGGAGCCAAUGUCACUCUCUGGGGCAUCGCGACGGCUUGUGGUGCGGCCGCCUACAAUUACCAAAGCUUGCUCGUCUCGCGGGUCUUUCUCGGCAUCUUUGAAGCCACUAUUGCUCCCUCUCUGAUGCUCAUUAGCAGCCAGUGGUACACCAAGUCGGAGCAGGCUCCUCGCUUCUCCUUCUGGUACCUUGGUCUGGGUCUUGGCCAAAUCAUCGGCGGCCUACUCUCCUUUGGCUUCCAGCACAUGACACCUGGUGCUGCCCUGGCUGGUUGGAGAACCAUGUUUGUCGUUCUGGGAUGUUUGACGGUUGUCUUCGGCACCUGCACCUUCUUCUUCAUCCCAGACACCCCAAUGCAGGCCAAGUGGUUGUCCAACACCGAAAAGGUUGCGCUUCUCAAGCACGUCAGCGUCAACCAAACCGGUAUCCAGAGCCGCAAGUUCCGCAUCAAGGAGAUCUUCGAGGCUCUGCUAGACCCUCAGAUCUAUCUCUUGGUUCUGUCCGUCAUCUUGCUCUCUGUUUCGAGCGGUGUAAUCACCACUUACUCGGCAACCUUGAUCCGCAACAUCCUGUCCGAUGAGCCGCCGGCGUGGGCUCCGAAGAAGGCCGCUCUGCUGAACAUGCCGUCUGGCGUCGUCAGCAUCUUCUUCACGUUGUUGGUCGGUUACGGUAUUCGUAAGCAGUCGCAUAGAUGGGCAUGGAUCAUUGCCUGCAUCGUUCCCGCAAUCAUCGGUGGCGCCCUCAUGUCGUUCCUGCCAAAGUCCAACAAGGGCGGCUUGCUGGCUGGUAUCUACCUUGUCAACGCCGUCGUCGCGCCGCUCACGGUCUUCUACAACUGGACUGUCGCCAACUGUGCCGGCGCCACGAAGCGAGCCUUCGCCGCCGCCAUUAUAUCUGGCUCCUUCUCCCUUGGCAACAUCAUCGGACCUCAGACCUUCCAGGCCCGUGACGCUCCUGAUUAUCGCCCUGCCAAGCUGGCUGUCAUGGGCACUCAAGCCGGUUGCGCUGUCACCACUUUCGCCUUGUUCCUGUACUACGUAUGGGCCAACAAGCGCCGCAAUGACCGCAGCAAGCAGACCGAGGAGCAGUUCUUGUCUCCCGAGGUUUGGGCCACCUUGACCGACCAGGAAAACAGACAUUUCCGCUACACUUACUAA